CUUUCACUCUGUUCAGUUGUCUGAGAGGGAGCCAAGAGACAAGGCCUGUGAAAUUCAUCUCUGCUGUCAAAAAGACCGCUCAAAGCACAAGAUUGUGUUCUCCUCACAAAGGAUAUGCUUCAGCGACAGAUACAGGUGUUCUUACAGAGGCCCAGGGAGCAGCCGAGCAGCCAUGGGACUGCUGGUCGGGGACGGGCUGUGGUCUGCGGCCAUCUUCACGGCCAUCUUCCUGCUGCUGGUGGACCUGAUGCACCGGCGCCAACGCUGGGCUGCCCGCUACCCACCAGGCCCGGUGCCACUGCCUGGGCUGGGCAACCUGCUGCAAUUGGACUUCCAAAACCUGCCAUAUUCCUUCUACAAGCUGCGCCAUCGCUUUGGGGACGUGUUCAGCCUACAGCUCGCCUGGAAACCGGUCGUUGUGCUCAAUGGGCUGGAGGCCGUGCGGGAGGCGCUGGUGAAGUGCGGAGAGAACACAGCAGACCGGCCACAAGUGCCCAUCUACGACCACCUGGGCUAUGGGCCCAAAUCCAAAGGGGUGAUCCUGGCACCCUACGGGCCUGACUGGCGGGAACAGCGGCGCUUCUCUUUGUCCACGCUGCGCAACUUCGGUCUGGGCAAGAAGUCUCUGGAACAGUGGGUGACUGAGGAGGCUGGUUACCUCUGCUCCGCCUUCAUGGACAAGGCUGGACACCCCUUCAACCCCCAGACCCUCCUGAACAAAUCAGUAUGCAAUGUGAUUGCGUCCCUCAUUUUUGCCCGUCGGUUUGAAUUUGAAGACCCACAUUUCACUAGAUUGAUCCAAACGUUGCAAGGAAUUAUAGGGGAGGACACGAGCUUCAUUGCUGAGGUGCUGAAUGCCAUCCCCCUGCUCCUGCGCAUCCCGGGCCUUCCUGCCAAAGUCUUUCCUAAGCUGACGGCCUUCAUGAGCCAGGUGGAUGGUCUGCUGAGCGAACACAGGAUGACCCGAGACCCCGACCAGCCACCCAGAGACCUGACUGACGCCUUCCUGACUGAGGUGGAGAAGGCCAGGGGCAAUCCCGACAGCAGCUUCAAUGACGCGAACCUGCGCCUGGUGGUGGCUGACCUGUUCUCUGCGGGGAUGGUGACCACCUCGACCACGCUGGCCUGGGCUCUGCUCCUCAUGAUCCUGCACCCGGAUGUGCAGCGCCGCGUCCAGCAGGAGAUCGAUGAAGUAAUAGGACAGGCGCGGAGUCCAGAGAUGGCAGACCAGGCCCGCAUGCCCUUCACCAACGCCGUGAUCCACGAGGUGCAGCGCUUUGCGGACAUUGUCCCACUGAAUUUGCCUCACAUGACAUCUUCUGACAUUGAAGUGCAGGGCUUCCUCAUCCCCAAGGGGACCACCCUCAUCGCCAACCUGUCCUCGGUGCUGAAGGAUGAGAGCAUCUGGGAGAAGCCCCUGCGCUUCCACCCUGAGCACUUCCUGGAUGCCCAGGGCUGCUUCGUGAAGCAGGAGGCCUUCAUGCCCUUCUCAGCAGCGUUUCAGCUUCUCGGUGCCCGCAGGACAGCCCCGGCCCAGCGACUGUGCCAUCUUUGCGUUGCCAGCGAUCCCACACCCCUACCAGCUCUGUGCUGUGGCCCGCUAGUGAGAAAACUCGUUCCAGACAUAUCCUCUACCUGUACCUUGGUGUAUAAUAAAGCUGCCGUUUGGUUUCUUGGCCGACCUCCCCCCUUGUCUGUGCUGAGUCCUCAAACGACAGUCAGCCCUUAGCAACUGCCUCAUUUCUCCUGAGCGGACAACCGCAUUGUCUUGAGGUCAUGGUGUGCUGAUCCAACAGUAGUCCUUGUGUUCAGAGAGAGUCCUUGUGUGUCGGCUAGUGCCACAGCACAGUCCCUGUGUCCUCUCACUUCUGUAGGCACUGGACCGUCUCAUGGCCUCCGCCAGCGUCGCACACUACGCCUUGAGAAGGACGCCACAGCCUGCUUUCACUGCAGCACUUGCUAUCAGUCUUCAGUGCCAACCUUCCUGCGCUGAUGUAUAAACUAA